UUUCAUUCCCUUCAGCCAUAAUAAUUAAUCAUGAUGAGUAGCUUUUUGAUCCGUAACACCCCCUCUACCUCCCUCCUCGGCGGCGCUCCCAUACAUCAGCAGCACGAUUCCAGAAGCCCACCGAUCCGAGCCAGCUCGGAAAACAAAACAACAUGUCGUCGAAACAUCGUGAUCAGGACACUCUUAGCGGCGUCGUUGGGCAUGGGCCUGAGUCCCGUUACGACACCAAUAGCAAUGGCCCAAAAUUGGGGGACCCGUUCGUUCAUCAAGGAGCGAUUCUUCGAGCCCGGGCUGUCGCCAGAGGACGCGGUGGCUAGAAUCAGACAGACGGCGGAGGGGCUUCGGAGCAUAAGGGAGAUGCUGGAGAACAUGUCAUGGAGGUAUGUUCUGUUCUACAUUCGGCUGAAAACGGCGUAUCUUAGUCAGGAUCUCAAGAACGCCAUGACUAUUUUACCACAAGCUCGCCACAAGGAUUAUGUCAAGGCCGCUAAUGAAUUGGUUGAGAACAUGUCCGAGUUGGACCAUUUCGUACGGACGCCAAAGAUCUACGAGUCAUACCUUUACUACGAGAAGACCUUGAAAUCAAUAGACGACGUUGUGGCAUUACUAUAGCUAAUUAGCUAUAUAUACGAGAAUGUACUCUUGUAUUUUCUAUGUAUAUGUAUGUACACUUCUCACUUCUAUAAUUCCAUUAAUUUUGGAAGCACAUUGAGAUCUCUUCAGUAGUCUGACUUAUUUAGGUAACUUUUCUUCA